CAGACCCACGCGACAAUGGCUCAAGACCCUCGCGCAUUGGUGAAACAAGCCGAAGCCCUGGCUUCGAAAGCCUCGGGCGGCUUCAAGCUCUUUGGCGGGCGUGAAGACAAAUGGCAGGAUGCUGCCGACACCUUUUCCCAGGCUGCGAACGCCUUCAAGAUGCAGAAGCAGAAUCGCGAGGCGGGACAGACCUUCGAGAGAGCCGCUGAGAUACAGAGGGACCAGCUGAAAGAGCUGGACGAUGCCGCCAACACCUACGUCGAUGCCUUCAAGGCGUACCGCAACGACAGCCCCGACGAUGCCGCACGGUGUCUCGAGUUCUCCAUCAACCAGUACUGCACCAAGGGCAAUUUCCGGCGGGCUGCCUCGCACAAGGAGAACCUGGGCGAGCUGUUUGAGACCCAGCUGGGCGACACGAGACGUGCGUGCGAGGCGUAUGAGAUGGCUGCUGGGUGGUACGAGGGGGAUGGUGCUGCUGCGCUCGCAAACAAGCUCUGGCUCAAGGUGGCCGACAUUUCCGCGCUGGACGAAAACUACAGCAAGUCCAUCGAGAUCUACGAGAAGGUGGCGGGAAGUGCCAUCAACAACAACCUGAUGCGCUACAGCGUCAAGGAAUACUUCUUCAAGGCAGGUCUCUGCCACCUCGCGAACAAGGACAUGAUCCUCACGCAGCGGGCGCUCGAGCACUACCGCGAUAUGGACCCGACCUUUGCCGCGCAGAGGGAGCACCAGCUGCUGGUCGACCUGGUCCAGACGAUUGAGGACGGCGACCAGGAGAAGUUCUCGGACAAGCUGUACGCCUAUGACCAGAUCAGCAAGCUGGAUAAGUGGAAGACGAGCAUCCUUCUCAAGAUUAAGGGUAACAUCGAGGCGGUUGCGGAUAACGAAUUUUCUUGAGGUUCAUAGACAAAGAGAGAGAGUAAGAGAGAAAGAGAGCGAGAGAGUCACAAGAUGUCUCCGAAGUACUUUUUUCAUUUAUGUCAUGUCAUGGCCUGCGCUGGGUGAGGUUUUGUAAGGCUGUCCGCUGUCGGUACAGUAGGUAGCUGCGCGCGCACACACAUACAAACAGUACUACAUUUUACACAUUUCCCCAUGGGUGCAGUUUGUACCUUCUGUCCUACAGGUGGUCCAUGUCGGGUGGUUUUCCUGGAUUAUCAGCUUACUCCAAGUGCAAACACUGCCGUUCGUACUUGAUUGUCCGCCUCUCAGAAAGAGCCCCGCAUGGGAUUUUAGGCUCGCACGACAGGCAGGACCUAUAAUAUACAUCCUCCGAC